CUUACAAACCGAACAAAACUAAACCAGAUGUCUUAAAUGUUCCCAUCUCUCAACAACUCUUUCCUCUCGGUUUCUUUCAUAUAAAGUUUGUAGCUUUAAAUCUUCAGUGUCAGGUUUUGGUGGGGAUUAUUAUUGUUAGUGAAGAAGCAAAAAAACAAUGGGGGAGGAAGCGAAGAUCUUCACUCUUUCAGAAGUUUCAGAGCACAAUCACGCUCAUGACUGUUGGAUUGUCAUCAAUGCAAAGGUGUACAAUGUAACCAAGUUCCUUGAAGACCAUCCAGGUGGAGAUGAAGUUCUCUUGUCUUCAACAGGUAAGGAUGCAACGGAUGAUUUUGAGGACGUGGGGCAUAGCGAGAGCGCGAGAGAGAUGAUGGAACAAUACUACGUUGGAGAGAUUGAUCCCACAACAAUCCCAAAGAAAACCAAAUACACACCUCCUAAACAGCCUCACUAUAACCAAGACAAGACCUCUGAGUUCAUUAUCAAGAUCCUCCAGUUCCUAGUGCCCAUUGCCAUUCUCGGUUUGGCAGUUGGGAUUCGUAUCUACACCAAGUCAGGAUAGUCUUCUUUUUACUGACCACCGUAUCUACCAUAUAUAGAGAGUUAGAGAUUUAAGUCUUUUGAGAAGACAAAUCUCUAAGUCUCUCCCUUUGUUCCUGUCUCUCUGUUCUCAUAUGUUGUUGUGUGAACGUGUUUUGCAUUUGUUUCUUACGUGUUGUGUUGAAGUUGCAUUUAAACAAGCAGUCUUGCAGAAAUGCAGCUUAUAUUAAUCUAAAUAUAAUUCAUAGUGUGAAAGCAAAGUUUUAUGACUUUUGAGUG